GAUAUUUUUAUAAAGAAAGCUAGCGGUGCGAUUGAAGUUGAAUUACCUGAAAUUAAAGAGCCCUUUCUUCGAUAUUUCAAUAAUAUAUUCUCAUAUUCUUGAUUCUCAAGUUCUUGAAAAGAAAGAAGAUUCCAAACCCUCUGGGUUUACACCCUUAAAAGCGGUUGAUUAGGCUUGCUCUUAAAUCAAAAUACAGCUGCUAUUACAUUCGAUAAUUAGCCUCUUGUUAGUCAAAUCCCGUGCAAUCAUUCUGUGUAAGAACUGUUUUUAAUUAAAAUCUAAUUAACUAAGCAACCUUUUUACAGCAAUUGGAGUUUCGUAUCACGCAGAAACUUAAUCAAAAACAUCAUUAUUGAUUAAAACCCUGACUUAUUGGUCGUUUGUUGAGACUUUCAUCCAAACAUCGAUGAUGAACUCUGGCUCUUCCUCUUUUAUUUAUUCUCUAAUUAAAAUUUAUUGAAAGAAUUCUGCGAUUAAUGAAAACAAUGGACGCACGUUGUUCUUAAAUCGCAAUUUAUUACGUAAAAGCACAGUCUUCCAGAUCAUACUGAUGAUCCUUUCAAGUAAUCUGAUGAUUUCUUCAACACGUGACUGAUAAUUUGGACAGACCGGAGAGGUUUACCGUGGCAAAUCAUUCUUCAACAAGCCCUAAAGCAUACAACAAGAUUCAAAAAGAGACUAUGAAUGCUAACGAAUUUCCAAUUACAUUGAUUCUCGCAUCUGCCAUUAUUCUUGUCAACGUUGCUGAAAUAAUUCUAAUCUUUAAAGCAAAAAAGAAUUGCUCGUUAUUUCAGCGCCUCCUUCUAAGCCUCGCUGUCGCCGAUCUUCUCGUUGGAUUGUCACAAUUGACAUUACCAAUUGCAUUGCCUGAAACUAAAAUUAAACAAUAUAAACUUGACGGUGUUCUAUGCUUUACCAUUGCUGCCUCCGUGAAUCACGUCAACGCGAUAACUGUGGAUCGCUUUCUGGCAAUCUGCUGGCCUUUGAAACAUCGGUACUUGAUUUCAAGAAAACGAAUCUUGAUCAUCAUUGCUGUUACUUGGUGCAUCAGCUUCGUGAUGUUAACGCCGCGGAUUGUCGGCGAUAACUUUAAUCAUGUAAGGUAUAUCUUCAGUAUAGCCACGCUUGCAUACAGUUGUGCUAUGAUCUUUUUCUAUUCUUUCAUUAUAUACCGAGUCGUUGUAAUACGUCGUAAGGGGAUUAUCAAAACAGCAAAGGGAGUAACAAAUGCAGCACAGGCAAGCAAAGACGUGCAGCUCGUUGUCGUAUCGGUGACUCUAACGACAACAUUUCUGCUUUGCACAAUUCCGUUUUGCGUUUUCACAUUUAUCACAGAAAGUAUCCCACCACCAGCGAAAUACUUGCUGUUAUCUAAUUCAUUAUGCAAUCCUAUCGUCUACUUUUUCUGGAAAUUUCUGCAAUCAAAAUCAAAGAUUCUCAAGCCAGCAAUGUCUCAAACACAAGUGAUCAAUUCAUCAUGAAAAUAGCUUACUGGCCUCCAAGCAAAGACGUUUUAUCUAUGAUUAUCUUCUUCACGUACCAGAAUGGGACAUAAAAAGGACAUUGUUUCAAGCACAACCAAUCAUAUGUAUUUAUAGUUUAAACCGGAAAAACUCACGAAUUGUAAUUCGUAGUAGUCUUUUUGCUGUAAACUUCUGCAAACUGGCCUAAACUAGUUUGCAGCUAGUUCCCAAAGCUUCUGUUUUCAAGAAAGAUAAUUCUAACUACAGGUAUCUGUAUUUUCUAUACAAUCAUUUAAUAGAAACUCAACAUUUGGUUUUACUUUUUUCUUAGUCAAUUGAUCCAAGUCAUUUUCCUAGUCAAGUUUCAUAUUCAUCUUGAUCUAUGACAUAACGUCAUAAAUAAUCGUAGAAAAAAAUAUCUUUUCACUUCUUGUUUAUCUCCUUGAAAUAGUUAUUGCCAUUUUUCAUUAUAAUUUAAGGCACGUUUUUAAUAAUUUAUAAUGGUUUAGGCUACUGUGACCUUCAACUUACAAGACUUCGAAGCUGUGGCCUUUAACUUAGCAGACUUCGAGGGUUUUUGGCAUUGUUUGGGAAACGGCCAAGAGAAAGUCAUCUAAUGAUUGAGGCAACACUUCUUUUGGAUCAAAGAAAAUGUGCAUUGAACUCAAACAAUAUUACUCAUAGCCUCUCUUCUCUUCAUCUCCACAACAAAGUAGCAAAAUGUUGAGAAGAACAUUUAAAUCUAUAUAUAUGAUAAUAUCUAUAUACAACAUAUAUUACAGUCAUUAGUUUUAAUUGUCAAAAUCCUAAAACCCCUUAUCAGGAUUAUAUCACAUUGUGUAUUUCUCUGCUUCUAGAUUUAUCUUGUAGUUUAUUCUUAGUAAUAUAUUAUGCUUAGUUAUGCUAUUCUCGUACUUUCCUUGUACAUAUAAAUAUACGUAGUUAGUUAGAUUCAAGAUAUUAGGAAGGAGGUUCAUAGAGAUCAGACAUGAAAUGCUAAACGGUCGAAGGUAGCUAAAAGGCUUGUGAAAGCUCUUGCAGCCAAGUUUGUACUUAGGACAGGCAGUGCUAGAGAAAGAAUGCGCUGUACCUCGUUAAUCAUUCAUAUUUCGUUGGAAUGUAAUAGGUUUUAGAGUUCACGUAGAUUAUGUUAGCAGUUUGAUUAAAGUUUAGCCUUGGAAUGUCAGAAGAUGAAAAUAGAAAGAAAAGCAUAGCUGCUUCAAGAAACCGUAAUUUUUUGAAGUUUCAGUCUUCGGAGCAUAUCUCGCGAUUUAAAAAUUUAUUUUACAGUUCAACAGCCACCUCUCUUGAAUAACCUUAAUGAU